UUUCUUCUGUUACAACUCUCACUCCGCCAAUUUCAAAAAAAAGCUGAGAAUCCACAUCUCCAAUGGCGACGACACCCUCGUCCGCUCUCCACCAAACAUUUCUAUCCCGAAACUACUCUCCCCUCCAUCGAAAUUCUCAAUUCCGCCAUCCCCGUCUCCGUCUCCCCUCUCGCCAUCACUCUCACCCCAUUCGCGCCACCUCCACCGUCACUCUCCCACCGGAGCGGCGGUCGAGGGCCGAGGAAAUCCAAAGCUCCGGCGUUGACCUCGAGCUGCUUGCCUGCCCAGUAUGCUACGAACCACUCAUCCGAAAAGGGCCGCCGGGUCUCAAUCUGCGAGCAAUUUACAGGUCGGGGUUCAAGUGCAGGAAAUGCGACAAGUCGUAUUCGAGUAAAGACGUUUACUUGGACCUUACUGUUACUGCUGGGUUGAAGGAGUACGUUGAGGUACAACCGAUCCGGACCGAGGUGUUCCGGAGCCCUCUCGUUUCCUUCUUGUAUGAAAGGGGUUGGCGCCAGAAUUUUAACCUCAGCGGAUUUCCAGGUCCCGAUGAAGAGUUUAAGAUGGCUCAGGACUACUUUAAAUCCGCCGAAGGCGGUGUUUUGGUGGAUGUGAGCUGUGGGAGCGGCUUGUUUUCGAGGAAGUUUGCGAAAUCCGGGACAUAUUCUGCUGUUGUUGCACUUGAUUUUUCGGAGAACAUGCUCCGGCAGAGUUAUGAAUUUUUUAAGAGGGAUCCUACUCUUUUAGAUACUAAUCUUGCUCUUGUGAGGGCGGAUGUUGCUAGGCUUCCGUUCCCUUCGGGUUCAGUUCAUGCUGUCCAUGCCGGCGCAGCAUUGCAUUGCUGGCCCUCUCCUUCCAAUGCUAUUGCUGAAAUAACUCGCAUAUUACGAAGUGGUGGAGUCUUUGUUGGAACUACUUUUCUGCGGUAUACUCCAUCUACUCCCUGGAUAACCCGGCAACUCAGAGAGGUGUUGGUGUGGCAGAGGGCUCUUCAGGGCUACAACCAUUUAACGGAGGAGGAGAUCGAGGACUUGUGUGCAUCAUGCGGUCUCACCAACUACACGAGCAACGUUCAACAAGCUUUCAUCAUGUUUUCUGCUCAGAAACCUUAAGAGUUUAAACUAGGUUUGAGCCGUUUGAACAUCAUUUUUCCGUACAUGUAUUUAUCAUAUAUCUUGUUGAAACUGUUGUAUAGUGUAUUUAUAUGUAAGUAUAUCUAACAUAUCUAAACAUUUGAAAAGAAGAAUACAAAAACCUGAAAAGGUGGGUAAUCUGGGGAAGAUGUAAAGUAUCAUUGUUAAGGAGAAGUAUUUUAUUAACUGUAUAAAGAAUGAUAGCAGCAGUGCUUAACAUUAUCAAUAA